GGAGGCCGGGCCCGGGAGGCGGGCAGCGCCGCGCCACGGCCCCGGGCUCGCCAUGCUCCUGGCCUCGGCCGUGGUGGUGUGGGAAUGGCUGAACGAGCACGGCCGCUGGCGUCCCUACAGCCCGGCCGUGAGUCACCACAUCGAGGCGGUGGUGCGCGCGGGUCCCCGAGCCGGGGGCAGCGUGGUACUGGGCCAGGUGGACAGCCGGCUGGCGCCCUACAUCAUCGACCUGCAGUCCAUGAACCAGUUCCGCCAAGACACGGGGACCCUACGACCAGUUCGCCGCAACUACUACGACCCAUCCUCAGCCCCUGGGAAGGGUGUGGUGUGGGAGUGGGAGAACGACAAUGGUUCCUGGACGCCCUAUGACAUGGAAGUGGGUAUCACCAUCCAGCAUGCCUACGAGAAGCAGCACCCCUGGAUCGACCUCACUUCCAUUGGCUUCAGCUACAUCAUUGACUUCAGCACCAUGGGCCAGAUCAACAGGCAAACCCAACGCCAGCGCCGUGUCCGCCGCCGACUAGACCUCAUCUACCCGAUGGUCACAGGCACUAUGCCUAAGGCUCAGUCCUGGCCAGUCAGUCCUGGAACAGCCACCUCCCCGCCUGCACCCCCCUGCUCCUGUCCACAAUGUGUUUUGGUGAUGAGUGUCAAGGCCGCUGUGGUCCAUGGAAGCACUGGGCCCCUUCAGCCUCCAGGAACACGCAAGAACAUGGCUCCCUCUGGAGCGGGCAAGCUGCCCCCGCCUCCGGGCCCUGGGGCAAAGCCACUAGACACUGCAGGCACCAUCCGGGGCCCAGGGAAGUCUGCCCCAUCACAGGUGGUCCGGAGACAAGUCUCUAAUACACCAGCUGGGGCGACUGUAGGCUCCCCCACCAGCCCACAAGGAAGCAACAGGAAGACUGGAAGGGUGGCACUGGCCACUUUGAAUCGGUCCAACCUGCAGCGACUGGCCAUUGCCCAGUCCCGGGUGCUGAUUGCCUCGGGGGUCCCCACUGUGCCUGUGAAAAACUUGAAUGGGUCCAGCCCUGUCAACCCUGCCUUGGCAGGAAUCACCGGGAUCCUCAUGAGUGCAGCGGGAUUGCCUGUAUGCCUCACUCGGCCACCAAAGUUGGUCCUCCACCCACCCCCUGUCAGCAAGAGUGAAAUAAAGUCCAUCCCAGGGGUGUCCAACACAAGCCGCAAGACCACCAAAAAGCAGGCCAAGAAAGGUAAAACCCCAGAGGAAGUGCUAAAGAAAUAUCUGCAGAAGGUCCGGCAUCCCCCAGAAGAGGACUGCACCAUCUGUAUGGAACGUCUCACAGCCCCCUCUGGCUACAAGGGCCCACAGCCUACAGUCAAGCCUGACCUGGUGGGGAAGCUGUCCAGGUGUGGCCACAUCUACCACAUCUACUGCCUGGUGGCCAUGUACAACAAUGGGAACAAGGAUGGGAGUUUACAGUGUCCAACAUGUAAGACCAUUUAUGGUGUCAAGACAGGCACCCAGCCUCCAGGGAAGAUGGAGUACCACCUCAUCCCCCACUCCUUGCCCGGCCACCCAGAUUGCAAGACCAUCCGGAUUAUCUACAGUAUCCCACCUGGCAUUCAGGGACCAGAACACCCAAAUCCUGGGAAGAGCUUCAGCGCCCGUGGCUUCCCACGACAUUGCUACCUUCCAGACAGCGAGAAAGGGAGAAAAGUUCUGAAGCUGCUUCUGGUGGCCUGGGAUCGUCGUCUUAUCUUUGCCAUUGGGACCUCCAGCACCACGGGCGAGUCUGAUACUGUCAUCUGGAAUGAGGUGCACCACAAGACAGAGUUCGGCUCUAACCUCACUGGCCAUGGCUACCCAGAUGCCAAUUACCUGGAUAAUGUGCUGGCUGAACUAGCUGCCCAGGGUAUCUCUGAAGACAGCACUGCCCCAGAAAAAGACUGAGGUGGGAGGGCACUGGGGACGUCAUGGCAGGAAGUGGAGAGAGUCGAGGUGGACGUUGAUGACAUGCCUCCUGACUGCCUCAUUUCCCUUCUUGUUCUGUCUCCAUCUCUCAUCCCUCUCAGUCACAGAGGGGACUAGAUUAAGGUGAUGUCAUUCAUAAAUUUUAUCCAACACAAACAGGAUGUGGGGUGAGGAUCACCCCCUUUUCGUCCCUAUGGAGUCUUCAGUGCUGGGUAGGCAAGAACCUGCACCUCUCACCUCCCCUGAGUAUGGGUAUGGUCAGCACACUUAAGGUGUGGGCAGUGUUGAGGCACUCCAUACCCUGGCCUUGUGAAGCUGAGAUCCCUUGCCUCAUCUGGCUUCUUGCUGCUUCCCCUCUGCUUGGAGAGCAGAGUUUCUGCAUUUUUUUUCCUCCACUGGAGUCAGGGAGCUCUCACUGUGCAAGAUUGGGGAGAGAGGU